AUGCCUACCAAAAGCGAGUACAGGUACAUCUCCACCAAAUGUCACACUCGACCGGGCGACCCGCAGCUUUAUUCUAUCCGUCAAGCCGUUUACCGUCGUUCCUGCAUGUACACCCUACCUAGGUAUUCCUCUCCUGUCGUCUUACUAUACCGGGCCCAUCCCUGCUGCAUUGAUUAUGCAGGCUUCCGCCCGCGGGAUCUCGCUCCAUCGCAGCUUUGGUCACGUCUGUCAUCAUCGUGCUUGAAAGCGGAAGUCAACCGUCCCAGCCUCAUCAAGCGAUACUGGGGCCAAUCACCAGCUUCCCUUGCCGGCAGAUCUGAUCCCGUGAAACGUGGAACCACAUCUCUAGGUAACAUGACCAAGGCUACUUCCUUGCCUCCACAUCGUGCCCAGACAACGAAACAAUCCACAAAAUGGUCUCAAAACCUAGUUCAGCAAGAAAGCUACAUCCUUAUCUCCGACUCCGUACUCCCCGAUGGAGAGCCAACUGCAAGAAGCCAGACAGUCCACAAUCAUCUCAUCAUCACUGGUGCCUCUGAGAAGAAAAACACCAAGAGCUGGAAAUUAAACUUGCAAUAGUCAAGGACCCCUUGACCGCUGUCGAAGCCGUCCAACUGCGAUUCAUCGAAGCACGGAUCGCAGGCUUCGUUCCACCAGGCUUGGAGUUUAUACCGACUGGCAUACAUAGCAACAUUUUCGCAUUCAACUGGGGCUCAGUCGAGCCAACAGAAGUCACCACCCCGCUGCUGUAGUCAAUGUCUUGGUGCUGACUUCACCAAACUACACAGAUAUUAUUACCGUGACACCACAACAG